CAACGUUGUAACAACGUUAUAAAUUUGUGUAUGUAGAUUCGUUACGAGUGGAAACGUUGCAACAACGUUGUCGAUUCUUAUGUUGCCAACUUCAACAAUUCAACGUUGGAUCAACGUUUCUGCAACCAAGUGUGUUAUGUGGGUAUUGACAACGUGUGUCAAAAUAUGUAACAUAACUGCUCUACAUGUAUAGUACAUAACAUAAUGGGAUGCCUAAAUUAAAUAAAUAAUGUCUUCUUCAAAUAUAGUAGGCCUACUUGUAAAGUAAUUGGCAUUUACUUUAAAAUCAUUUUAGGUAAGACAACAGAGGAUGCAGGCACGACAAUAGUAGUGUCGGGGGGCUGUAAGAAGAGGUACCCAGGGGAAAAAAAAAUGGAAUAGGAUUAGAGUAGAGGACGUGAAAGGUUUUUUAAUUGUAGGGUUACGAAGUGUUACUAAAAUGUAAUAUUUAGUGGUAGUUAAAAUAGGUCUCUUUAAUGUUUGCGUUGGAGUAAGCAUUAACAAUGGAAUACCUGCUACAUGUACUGUUUCACAGCCGCAUUUGUGAUUCUCAAACCCACAGCAGUGCUGUGUGACAAUAAUAACACUGCAGAACAUAGAGGAUUUUUUUUUGGAAGUUGAUAACGUUAGGGGGAGGGGGGGAUUAAAACUAGAACAUGUGUAUUAAAAAAAAUUGGUUGUCUGUAAAGUCGGUUUACGGACGAUAGUUUAACGUGACGUCAUAACAAAACUGAUGAAAUGAUUGCAUACUUUUAUGAAUAAAAUUGAAUCAUUUUUUAUUUGCACUCAUUAAUUCAAAUAUGUUUAUUACUUUAACGAAGAGGUUAUUUUAACUAUAACUUUUAUACGUGUUUGCUAUUUAACUUCUUCCAAUCUGUGUUAUUCUGUUAAGGAUAGGACGAUGAUAGGUAAAGUAGGAAACGAAUGGGAGUGUUUCAAGUUUAAUGUGCCUCGAAAAAGUCGAAUCGAUGGUUGUUCCAAUCGAGUGGAAGAGAGAUAGAUGCGGCGCAAACGUGCAAUGAGCGUAACGGGACAAUGUGCGUUACGGGACACUUUUUCGUGCGUGCAGCCGGCGUUAAUCGAUUUAUUAGACGUCACCUCAAAAAAACUUUACAUUUCUAUUGACACGUGGCCUACGGUAAUUUCUUCUCACGCAGCACUGAUAUUUUGUAAAUAUUUUUUUGAGACUUCAGGGGAAGGAAGGCUGUAUACCCAAAGCGGCGUGCGCCCCUGCAGAAGAAGCAUGCGGCACAUUAUUUGCGCUUCUGUACUGUCGGCUAUUCGGCUGGAGCUUGAGGCCUCUCCCCCUCCUAACACAUUGUGUUUGCCACGCCCUCCCACACUCCGAUGUCACGGGUAUCAGAAGUAUCUGAAGCACGUGCUUGAGGGCCGUGGUGCAACGCGGAGCUUGUGACCAUGACGCGGCCACACAACUUCCCCCUCCGUCCAUCGACAUCCAGCUCUGUUACCGCGGCGGUUACGUAACGUGACGUCGACCGGCUCCCCCACGCGCUUAGCGGCCGGACAAACCUGUUCCAACGACACAGAACCCAUUCCUCUUCCAGACGCCGACGGCACCUGACUGGAACCGCACCUGAGAAACCGCGUCCACGAUCAAUUCCGCCUGAAACUUCUGCGACUUCAUCAUGGCAUCGGCAUCCGACUUCUUCAACAGCUUGUUCUGGCUGCUGAUCCUCGUCUUCCUGUCCUGGUGGGUGGCGUCCUUCUGCUUCGUGCCGUACGUGAUCGUGAGCAUCUUCACCCCGUGCGUCAGCGGCCUCAAGCCCCUGGAGGAGAUCCUGCUGGCCGGCGUCACCUUCCCGGCCAAGUGCUCCGACAACUUCGUGAACCGCCGCUCCUACAACUCCAUAUAGUCGUCGUCCCCUUCCCUCCCCCCGGAAACAGCCCGGAAGCAACGGACGCCGCCGGCGAGCGAGACGCGGCCGCACCUUCCGUAAGGAGACUUCCGUCCGUCGAGGGACGCGCAAGAGAUGUUCAAGUCUCACUGGCUGCAGGAAACGAAAAGAACCGAACUCGGGGAAACCACAGCCGAACGUGAAGACGCAUCGCCAAAAUGAACACUAAUCAUGUAAUCAUUCUAUUUCAUGUCCUCGUAACGUAAGAAACAAUCCAUGUUUAUACUGUACAAUUUGCUAAUAUAAAAAAAAAAACUUUGUUAAGAA